AUGUCUGACGUAACACGUCACGGCAGCACAUUCGUUUGGGGAUAUGGCUCUGAUAAUGGUCCUUCCAAGUGGGGCCAGUAUUAUCCGAUUUGUCUUGGAAAAAGACAGUCUCCAAUUAAUAUUGAUUCGCUACGAACCACUUUUAAUCCAAAGUUAGAGCAUAUACAAGCUUCGCACUACAUUUCUCCUCAGCCUAAUAUUAAAACUACUUUAACAAAUAUUGGCAAAUCAAUAUUUAUACAACCUGCAAUCGACUAUAGUCCAGUUUUAGUUGAUCCAUUAAAUAGUGGAGUUUUUUACAGAGCUCAUCAUUUGCAUUUUCAUUGGGGUGCUUCGGAUAAUUACGGGUCUGAAAAUGCUAUUGAUAACAAAUAUUAUCCUAUCGAGAUUCACAUUGUACACUACAACAUUAAAUAUCAAAACGUUCUUCAAGCAAUCCCUAAGCCCGAUGGGUUAGCUGUGAUUGGCAUUUUUGCUAAGAUCGGAGAAGGCAGUGCAGGGUUUAGUUGGCUAUUACAAUAUAUGCAAAAACUUCAGUAUAAAGACGAAACAGUAACUGCCAAUGGUUUUAGUUACUCGUCUUUCUUACCUAAAGAUAUGAGCAAAUACUUUACAUUUCCUGGGUCGUUAACAACACCGCUAUGUGAAGAAUCAGUACGAUGGAUUGUGAUGGAAGAACCGAUUACUAUAUCAAGCCAGCAGUCUUCAUUUAACCUAAUCUUACAUGUCUAA